CAGCUCCACCUCUCCGCCCUUUCCUUUCCUUUCCUUCCUUCAUCGUGCUCCCCAAACAAAACAGCUACCAAACCCCCCUCUGCGCCAUUUAUUCUCUUCGCACUGAUCGCCCAUUCAGCGGAUUCCCCAACGCAGCCGUCCUCCCGUUAUAGUCAGCAAAUUCGAACCUCCCACUUACCAACCAACCAACCCACCACCAGAAAUGGCAUUCGCGGCUAGCACUGCAGCGACCACCACCAGCAUUCUCAAGACCUCCUUCUUCACCUCCAAACCCGCCUCCUCUUCCUCCGCCUCCUCUUCCGUCCCUUUCAAGCCCCGGAACUUCUCCGUCCGCAGCUCCGUCGCCGCCGCCCCCGCCACCGGCAAGGCCGCCAAGGAGUGCCUGGUCAAGUCCGUCAAGGCCAGGCAGAUCAUCGACAGCCGCGGCAACCCCACCGUCGAGGUCGAUCUCUUCACCGGCGGCGGUGACCUCUUCCGAUCCGCCGUCCCCAGCGGCGCCUCCACCGGGAUCUACGAGGCCCUCGAGCUCCGCGAUGGGGACAAAUCCGUCUACGGCGGUAAAGGGGUCCUCACUGCUGUUGCCAAUAUCAACGACAUUCUCGGCCCUAAGCUCGUCGGCGUUGAUGUUAGCACCAGAAACCAAGCGGAUGUAGAUGCUCUUAUGCUGGAAAUAGAUGGAACCCCAAACAAGUCACAACUUGGGGCGAACGCCAUACUGGGAGUCUCCCUCAGUGUGUGCAGAGCUGGAGCAGGUGCCAAGGGAGUGCCAUUGUACAAGCACAUCCAGGAACUGGCAGGGACGAAAGAGCUAGUUAUGCCCGUCCCGGCUUUCAAUGUCAUCAAUGGAGGAAGUCAUGCUGGGAAUGCACUAGCUAUGCAAGAGUUCAUGAUUUUGCCUGUCGGGGCGGGUUCUUUUGCAGAGGCCCUCCGUAUGGGCAGUGAAGUUUACCAUACGCUUAAGGGGAUUAUCAAAUUGAAGUAUGGGCAGGACGCUUGCAAUGUUGGUGAUGAAGGUGGGUUUGCUCCUAAUGUACAGGAUAAUAGGGAAGGGCUAGUGCUUCUCAUGGACGCCAUUGAGAAGGCUGGUUAUACAGGAAAGAUCAAAAUAGGAAUGGAUGUUGCUGCUUCGGAAUUUUUCACCAAAGAUGGUAGAUACGAUUUAAACUUCAAGAACCAACCGAAUGAUGGAGCUCACGUGCUCGCAGCUCAGAGCCUUGGAGAUCUCUACAGGGAAUUCAUCAAGGAUUUCCCUAUUGUCUCCAUUGAAGAUCCAUUUGACCAGGAUGACUGGAGCUCUUGGGCUUCUCUGCAGUCUUCUGUAGAUAUCCAACUCGUGGGAGAUGAUUUGUUGGUCACAAAUCCCACAAGAAUAGCUGAAGCUAUUGGCAAGAAGUCCUGCAAUGGUUUGCUUCUCAAGGUGAACCAGAUUGGCACAGUGACGGAAUCCAUUAAAGCAGCACUUGACUCGAAAGCUGCAGGUUGGGGAGUGAUGGUUAGCCACCGAAGCGGUGAAACUGAAGAUAAUUUCAUUGCUGAUCUUUCUGUUGGGCUGGCCAGUGGACAGAUUAAAACUGGAGCUCCUUGCAGAAGCGAGCGAUUGGCCAAAUACAAUCAGCUGCUGCGGAUCGAAGAGGAGCUAGGAAAUGUGCGCUAUGCUGGCGAAGCCUUCCGAUCCCCAUAGGAGAAGAGAAGGGAAAGGUGGAAAUAAAUGAAACAUCAUGUGGAGCUGGCGAAGCUGGACGUGUUGCAGCGGGAAAUUUGUAGAUUUACCUUCUUUUACAAGAAAGGAGUCCGAGUACAUGGCAAAGCAGCAGAAAGAGUCGUGUAAUUAGGCGCUAUUCAAGUUUUGUACUUACGUUCUAACUAAUUGGUUACAGAUGGACAGCUGCUUGUUUGUUAACAAUAAAGUCUGCAUUUACAUGGAUUUGGUGUUCAACAUCCAUGACAUUCGGCAGACAGACGAACUACACCCUAUCGUAUUGCCAAGAUUCUUUAUCGGCCCUCCCUUUCUCUGAGUGAACGAUAGAAACCUGUUUUGCUUGCAAACAAUAUAUGACUGAGAUCAUUUGGGUCGUUUGGAUGGAGUAUUUGU